CGGGGACACGUCAGCAAAGGGCGCGCGACGGGGAGAGCUUGACACACAUGUCAGCAAAAAGGUUUUGGCAUUGUGAGGGGCUGCAGGGCCGAACCGUGGACAUCUGCCUCCGGCGGAGCAAAGAGAAUGGCAGUGUCGCUGGUUUGCAAACUUAUUCUGUUUUCAAUCGCGAAGAAAGUGACCGUCUUUCUAGUUGCCAAGACGUAUGGGUUUCCGCGAUUGUAUAGACGGACUGCUGAGGUGAACCGGUUUGUCAACCGGCACAACCCGAGACGGCGCGAAAAUGUCCGAAGCUUCAUUCAGGGGGUGUUUCGCCUCCCUCAGCGAGCCUGCGAGAAGUUCAGCCAGAUUCGAGCCGCGAGAAUUCCUUCUGGUGUCCCCAAAUCUCUCAGUUUCAGCACUAAGGCGCGGGUGCCAACCUUGGGCCCAUUUGUCCAAUGGUCAGCGUUAGCUCAACAGCAUCCAGAAUUGAGAUGCAAAAGCACGUGGAUUUCGCCCAACGUCUCUCGUCGAGUAUUUGCUGCUGCUGGUCGGAGGGAGGCUGUCCCUUUCAGCAGGGACCAAGCAACCGUGCAGCAUCUGAGGGGCUGUAGUCUCUUCUCCUCUUCAGGUGCCAACGUGGCACGAUGGCCUACCUCAGCACUGGCAGAUGGUACGCGCGAUGUUUCUCAUGUAUCCGAUGGGACCGGUGGGACCAGUGGGACCGGUGGGACUUACAGAUCUACAGCGGUUCCGUAUUUCGCAGCGGGAAAUAGAGGAAACCUGCCAUGCAAGGCGCACACACAUGCGCCUAUCCCUGUAUCGUCUACUCACGCUCGACAUUUGUUGAAUUAUGCACUGUUUGGAAGAGCGCCGGCGGUUCUGGUGCCUCGUCUGCAUGCGCUGCAAAAUAAACUCUUUUCCGGAAAAUGGACAAGCGACGAUGAAGUUACGUCAACUUACCAGAGGGGGGCAGAGCAGCACCGAGACAACAGAAUACGCGCAGGAACGGAGGCGGGGACCGCUUAUGAAUGGACAAGGGGUGGGAGGAGACUUGGAUUACGACAGCUGCUUGAGCUUUCGAGGAGUGGGGCUUUGUCAACGGCAAGUGGAACGGUGACAUGAGGUGGCCUUUUUUCUUUUCCCUUUUUGUUUUGGAAAAGAGGGGGGCAAGGGAGGGAAGAGGCGAGGGGGAAGAAUGGGGUGUUUGAAGCGACAGAUGGUUGUAACAGACCCCUAAAUAGUAAAUUUUCAGCAUUUUCUCACGGCCGUUAUAGUCAAACCCCCAACACCUUCUGAUUCCGAAUCAAAAAAGUUCAAAAAACUUUUUUGAGGAUUUGGAUGCCAUCGCUGUGCAGAGAACUCGUUGGCUUUUCUGCCAGCCAGUCCAGGGCUUGGGCUUGGAUUGGUUACCCAUCCCUUCACCUCUGGAGCAGAAUGAUCAAUGGGGCUCUGAGUGAUGUCCAGCCACUUCUGUCCUACUGAAGGGUCCGACUGCUGAGGCCGAUGGCUGUGUCCAAUGGGUGGACCGUUUGCCGACCGUCGCCCGAGCGAUUGAUUGAGAGCUUGGUUGACGAGAUCCAACCAUGACCGGUGGAUGGUGGAUCAGGAUCUUCACCUGCAGUGAAACCGCACACGGACAAAACGCGGACAAAAAGUUACUGCGGUGCAGUACGAGUGUGUUGACCGUUUGCCCACCGGUGCCCCCGAGCGAUUGAUUGAGAGCUUGGUUGACGAGAUCCAACCGUGAGCGGUGGACGGUGGAUCGGGAUUGUCAACUGCAGUGAAACUGCACACGGACAAAACGUGGACAAAAAGUUGCUGCGGUGCAGUACGAGUGUGUUGAGCGUUUGCCGACCGGUCCACCCGAGCAAUUGAUUGAGAGCUUGGUUGACGAGAUCCAACCGUGAGYGGUGGACGGUGGAUCGGGAUCGUCACCUGCAGUGAAACCGCACACGGACAAAACGWGGMCAAAAAGUURCUGCGGUGCAGUACGAGUGUGUUGAGCGUUUGCCGACCGGUCCRCCCGAGCAAUUGAUUGAGAGCUUGGUUGACGAGAUCCAACCGUGAGUGGUGGACGGUGGAUCGGGAUCGUCACCUGCAGUGAAACCGCACACGGACAAAACGAGGCCAAAAAGUUACUGCGGUGCAGUACGAGUGUGUUGAGCGUUUGCCGACCGGUCCGCCCGAGCAAUUGAUUGAGAGCUUGGUUGACGAGAUCCAACCGUGAGCGGUGGACGGUGGAUCAGGAUCGUCAACUGCAGUGAAACGUUACGGAGGCAAAACACAGAACACAAAAAGAAAGUAACGGGGGCGAGUUACGAGUGUUGUCAAGGGGGCGAGGUCCCACUAACAAAGAGGGUUGGAUUUAAGGCGUAAAAUGUGGUCUCGUUUGAGGAAAGGUGCAGAAAAUGGUGAUUGAACUGCUUUUCUGCAUCUAUGGAGAAAACACAUCCAGAUUCAGGCAUGUAAUCCACCCCUCUG